AACAUCGAGAUCAUAAAGAGUUUAAAAAAUAAUAAGAAAAUAAUGAAUAAAAAUUAAAGUAAGAAGAAUAAAAAUAAGAAGUUGAACAUAUUUAAUAAUAAAAACUAAUUGAAAAAUCUUAUUAAUAAUAAGAAGUUCUAAAAUAAAAAAAGAAGUUGGAUUGAUAUAUCAAAAACACCUGAAGGGAUAAAACUUAGUGAAGUAAAUAAUAUGGCUUUAUUUAAAAAUGAUUAUGUAAAUUAUGUGAAAAGAUUAAAAGAUGAUUAUUCUAUGGAUCUAGCUUAAGUUUAAAGAAAAUAUAUGAGUUCUUUUAUUUGGAUUUAAAAAAUAGAGUUUUUGAAAUCAAACAUACUCCUACUUUUAAAAAAGAAAGUCUACAAAUUCCUUUUGAUAUAUCUGAAGGUUUCAUUUAAUUUAGAAUAGCCCUUGAUCCUUAAAGUUGGAAUUCUUAGUAUUAAGUACUUAAUAAAAGUAUUCCUAAUGAAAUUAAAGAUAGUUUAGAUGAAAUUAUGAAUUAAGCCCAUUAAAAGUAAGCUAAAAGUAUUUUUCGAACGCUUAAGUAUUUAGAUAAUAACAUUGAUAAAAUUCUAUAAAUUGCUAUUUAAAUGGCGCAAUAAUUAUAAUAAAAGGAAAGCGAAUAAGAAAAUCAAGAUAAAGUAGAUUAAAACGAAGAAGAAGAAGAUGCAGAAGACUAAGACGAAUAAGAAGAAAAUUAAGAAUAAUAAUAAGAUAAAAUAGAAGAAAAAAGAGAAGUAGAACAAGAAGAAGAAGGAGAAGAUUAAGUCGAAUAAGAAGAAGGAGUAGAAGAAAGUGAAAAAGAUCCUUAUUAUAAUUAAAAUAAUGAAGAAGAUGAUUAUUUUGAAGAUGAAUAAGAAACAUAAAAAUCUGGAGAAAACAAAGAUAUAACACACACAUUGGAUUUGAAUAUUAAUUUUAUUUUAAAAGAUUUAAUAUUAAAAGGGGUAAUAAAUAAUAAAAUUGAAAAAAUAUUUAUUUGUUAUAAAUAGCUAGCUUAUAUGCGUGCAAUUCAAAUAUUAAUAAGUGUAAAAUGCAAACAAUGUAAAUAUGAUACAGAAUUAACUUUAUGCAAUUUUAUGACUGAUACAAAUGAAAAUAUAUUAGUGAAUAAUCUUGUAUGUGUAUCUUGUAAUAGGAUAUCAUAAAUAUAUUCAACUCGAGAAAUCAUUUAUGAUACUAAAAAUGCGUUAGUAUUUAGAAUAGGUAGUUUUACAUGGUAGUUAAAUGAAAUAAGAAAUGUUUCAUAUAUAUUGACUUGCAAAGAAUGUGAUAAUUAAAAAAGAAGUUGAUAACUACGUAAAUGGAGUAAUUUAUCAAAGCGAAUGUUAUAAAUGUUUUGCUUAAUAAGUUUUCCUUUAUUAUGGAUUUGAAUAACAGAAAAAUAUUCUACAAGAUUAAGAUAUUUUAUUAAGAAAGAAAAACUAAAAACUAGCUAAUUCAACUGUUUAAGAUAAAAAUUAUGUAAAGAAAGUGGGCACAUUUAAAUAAGGGGAACCUUUACCCAAGAAUGGAACCUGCUCUCAUUACAAACAUUCUUUUAGAUUUUUUUAGAUUCCCUUGCUGUGGAAAAGCCUUUCCUUGUGAUAUAUGUCAUAGUAAUACAGAAAAAGAGCAUGAAUUAAAACUUGCAAAAUCAAUGAUUUGUGGAUUUUGUGGUAGAGAAUAAAGCAUAAAAUAAGAAUGUGGUAUAUGCAAAAACUAACUCGUUAAAAUUAAUU